GCAGCUGGAAGGCACCGAGAUUAGACUCUGGGACGAACUUCCCGGCAGAACGGGGGCUCGGCGCGGGACAGUGAGGCCGGGGCCCAUCCGCUGGAAUGGGAGCGGUGGGGCCUGGCUGGGGGCCCCGGCGGCCCGAGGCAGAGCAGGCUGCACUGGGACCGCGCACACCACGCGUGUCCGCGCCCCCCGCCGGCACGCAGGGCGGCCUGGCCCUUUAAGCGUCCAGACGGCGGCCCCAGCUGACGCGCGGGCUCCAAUCGGCGCCCCGCGCCCCCCGCCCGCCGCGCCCGAGGCUCUGGGGCCGCAGCUGCUCGGCGGCUGGACUCGCCGCGGCCCUGCGCCUCCGCCCGCCCGGCCGCGCCCCCGGGGGCCAUGGUCGUGGGGCCCUGCGCGGGGGCGGCCCCCAGCGCGGCGCUUCAUGGAGCGGCCCCGGCCCGGCCGCCGGGGGCAGCGCGAUCCCGCGGGGCCCUGUGAGCCCCCAGCGCCACGGCACCAUGUUGCUGGUUGAGAAGACAACAGACUCACCGGCGGCCGAGUUCUCGCUGGUGGAGGACGUGGCCCUGCACUUCGCCUGCUUGAUGGGCCGCCUGAACGAGCAGCGCCUCUUCCAGCCUGACCUCUGCGACGUGGACCUGGUGCUGGUGCCCCAGCGCAGCGUCUUCCCGGCACACAAGGGCGUGCUGGCCGCCUACAGCCAGUUCUUCCACUCGCUCUUCACGCAGAACAAGCAGCUGCAGCGCGUGGAGCUGUCCCUAGAGGCGCUGGCCCCCGGUGGCCUGCAGCAGAUCCUCAACUUCAUCUACACCUCCAAGCUGCUGGUCAACGCGGCCAACGUCCACGAGGUGCUCAGUGCCGCCUCGUUGCUGCAGAUGGCCGACAUCGCCGCGUCCUGCCAGGAGCUGCUGGACGCCCGCUCCCUAGGCCCCCCCGGCCCCAGCGCUGUGGCCCUGGCCCAGCCGGCCGCCGGCUGCACCCCGGCCGCACCACCCUACUACUGCGACAUCAAGCAGGAGGCGGACGCCCCGGGCCUGCCGAAGAUCUAUGCCCGCGAGGGCCCCGACCCCUACUCUGUGCGUGUUGAGGACGGGGCAGGGACCGCGGGGGGCACGGCACCUGCCGCCAUCGGGCCAGCUCAGCCCUUCUUCAAGGAGGAGAAGGAGGGUGGCGUGCAAGAGGCCGGCGGGCCCCCCGGCAGCCUCUGCAAGCUGGAGGGUGGGGAGGGGCUGGAGGAAGAGCUGGGGGGUUCUGGCACCUACAGCCGCCGGGAGCAGUCCCAGAUCAUCGUGGAGGUGAACCUCAACAACCAGACUCUGCACGUGUCCACGGGGCCCGAGGGCAAGCCGGGCACCACUACGGGCCCGGCCACCGUGGUGCUGGGCCGGGAGGACGGGCUGCAGAGACACUCGGAGGACGAGGACGAGGAAGAGGAGGAGGAGGAGGAAGAGGAGGAGGAGGAGGAGGAGGAGGAAGAACAGGGUGGUGGCAGCGGAGGGGAGGAGGAGGAGGAGGGUGGCAGUCAGGGAGAGGAGGAAGACGAGGAGGAGGAAGGGCACAGCGAGCAGGAGGAGGAAGAGGAGGAGGAAGAGGAAGGGCACAGUGAGCAGGAUCAAGAGAGCUCAGAGGAGGAGGAAGAGGAGGAAGAGGGAGGGGAGGCGGGGAGCCGGCAGGGGCCGGCGGGGCGGCGGGGCAGCAGGGCAGAGCCCCCUCCCCACAGUCGCAUGGCCACGCGGUCUCGAGAGAACGCCCGACGCCGAGGCCCCCCUGAGCCCGAGGAGGCCAGGCCGCGGGGCGGGAAGAGGCCCAAGCCUGCUCCGGGGGGAGCCUCUGCAGCGGCCCGAGGGCCACAGGCCACUGACGGGCUGGGGGCCAAGGUGAAGCUGGAAGAGAAGCAGCACCACCCGUGCCAGAAGUGCCCUCGCGUCUUCAACAACCGCUGGUACCUGGAGAAGCACAUGAACGUGACCCACAGCCGCAUGCAGAUCUGCGACCAGUGCGGCAAGCGCUUCCUGCUGGAGAGCGAGCUGCUACUUCACCGGCAGACAGACUGCGAGCGCAACAUCCAGUGUGUGACGUGUGGCAAAGCUUUUAAGAAGCUCUGGUCCCUCCACGAGCACAACAAGAUCGUGCAUGGCUAUGCAGAGAAGAAGUUCUCAUGUGAGAUCUGCGAGAAGAAGUUCUACACCAUGGCCCACGUGCGCAAGCACAUGGUUGCCCACACCAAGGACAUGCCCUUCACUUGCGAGACCUGUGGGAAGUCCUUCAAACGAAGCAUGUCUCUCAAAGUGCACUCGCUGCAGCACUCUGGGGAGAAGCCCUUCCGAUGUGAGAACUGCAAUGAGCGCUUCCAGUACAAGUACCAGCUGCGGUCGCACAUGAGCAUCCACAUCGGCCACAAGCAGUUCAUGUGCCAGUGGUGCGGCAAGGACUUCAACAUGAAGCAGUACUUCGAUGAGCACAUGAAGACCCACACAGGGGAGAAGCCGUACAUCUGUGAGAUCUGCGGCAAGAGCUUCACCAGCCGACCCAACAUGAAGCGGCACCGGCGCACACACACGGGCGAGAAGCCGUAUCCCUGCGACGUCUGCGGCCAGCGCUUCCGCUUCUCCAACAUGCUCAAGGCCCACAAGGAGAAAUGCUUCCGCGUCAGUCACCCCCUGGCCAGCGACGGCCCCGCCUCGGGCCCAGGCCUGUCCCCGGCCCAGCCCCCGGCUCACGCGCUGCCCCUGCUCCCGGGGCUGCCCCAGACCCUGCCGCCCCCCCCGCACCUGCCGCCCCCCCCCCCACUCUUCUCUACCACUGCCACUUCCGGCGGGAGGAUGAGCGCCAACAACUGACUGCCUCUGCGGGGACCCCCGGCCCCCACCCCGGCCCUCCCCUCCUGCCUGGGGGAGGGCAGCGACACCGGCCUGGCACCGCCGCCCCCCCUCCAGACGGGGCCGGACCUGUGCUGCUUGAGGCCCCGACCCUGGGGGUGUGC